UGUUUCGUCAGGAGUUCCUCAUCAGAGACCCGACCCCAACUGUUCCUGCUCUUCCUCAUUCCCACUUCUUUCUCAUCAGUGGGUCUGUCACGGUUUCAGGUUCGAAAACUGGGUAGCGAAAGAUGGUCAGGAUGGGGACGAGGUUGCCGGGGUUCUGCCUUAACAGGAUCAGGCCUCAUGUUCGGGUCCGCUCGCCUCCUAUACAGGCCAAGCCCGAGGCUGGUUUCGGCAAUGUCAACCAGGAGGUUAAGGACUCGGGGCCGGGGGCUUGUGUUGAGGAGAAACCGAACGAGGCGGCGAAAGCUAUCGGGAGGAAGGUUAUGAUCGUGGUUGAUUCGAGCGUCGAGGCCAAGGGAGCAAUCCAGUGGGCUCUGUCUCAUACAAUCCAGAGCCAGGACACGGUUGUUCUGCUCCAUGUGAUCAAACCAACACAACCAGCGACAUUUGAUGAAUGUAGCAAGGAGACAGCCCCAAGAGCUUUUCAGCUGGUUCAGAGUCUCAAGCGUACUUGCCAACUAAAGAGACCUGAGGUGAAGAUCGAGACAGUGGUGGUGCAGGGGAAGGACAAGGGCCCGGUGAUAGUGGAAGAGGCGAAAAAACAAGGGGCAGCGCUUUUGGUGCUCGGACAGAAGAAGAGGUCAAUGACAUGGCGGCUGCUGAUGAUGUGGGCAGGGGGCAGCCGUACAACCGCUACCGGCAGCAGUGGCUGUGGCAUGGUGGAGUACUGCAUACAGAAUGCGGGCUGCAUGGCUGUCGCCGUGAGGCGGAAGAGCAAGAAGCUCGGUGGGUACUUGAUCACCACCAAACGCCAGAAAGAUUUCUGGCUCCUUGCCUGAUUUUAUCAGCAUCUUGCUCAUUUUCCUUUACCCUUUUUCCAAUGUUUGGUGUAUAUAAUAACUAUUAUUAAACAUUAUUUCGGGCUCGAUGUUAUCACACAACUAUCUGUGACACGUACAAUCUGCGAUAGCAUUGCACUCGAAAAUUAUCUAGUCCUCUUGCGGAUAGAUGUGGUCUCAAUUCA